GGGCACUGAUGAGGUGGCACAGAUAGGCAGCACUGAUAAGCAGCACUGAUAUGCAACAAUGAUGAGCACUGACAGACACGGCCAGGGGCGGACUGACAACUCAUGGGGCCCCCGGGCAAUAGGGGAUGAUGGGGCCCCUGUGUCCUUGCCCAAACUCAAAAAAGCCUAUGAAAAAGGUACCAGGGGCAUCUCAUGGGGCCCCCUACUGACCCCGGGCCCUCGGGCAGUGCCCGAGUUUCCAAAUGGUCAGUCUGCCCCUGGAAAGGGCUGAUCACAUGGUAAAAAGCCGCU